AGUUUACAUCACACAACAUCGGUGUCCCGUCAGUGUGUCACUGACCUGCAUUCACCAUCUUCAUAAAGUACAAUGCCUGUUAAGGAGAAAGAUGAGCUGGUGAUUUAUAACAAGAGGAAAUCAGCUCCACUUCCCUUCAGUCAGAGACAGAAAGUAAAAUGUCAGCAAUGAAGUGGAUGGGGUUGUCAUCGUUUACAUACAUGCAAAGGAGCAGUAUAUCAGCAAAAUGCAGCUUUGGUAAAGCUCAUCUAAGGUAAAUCUCUGCACCUGGUUGUUCAUCAUUGAGUGGGAAUAAAGGAAGUCAGUCAAAGUUACAGUUGGAGGAAGGACAUCUGAGCUUCCAUCUGAUCAAGUUCUUCCUGUCCAAAAGAUGUCAGCCACUGGUACUGACAGUAGCGGAAGAGGAACCAAAGCCUCUAAAGUAACAAAGGAUCAUAAAAAGCCGACGGCAUCUGUCCUGAAAGGCGCCAUCCAGCUGGGCAUCGGUUACGCUGUGGGGAACCUCAGCUCUAAACCAGACAGAGAUGUUCUCAUGCAGGACUUCUCUGUGGUGGAGAGUGUUUUCCUGCCCAGUGAAGGCAGCAACUUGACUCCAGCGCACCACUUCCCAGAUUUUCGACUGAAAACAUACGCACCACUGGCCUUUCGCUACUUCCGAGAGCUGUUCGGCAUUAAACCAGAUGAUUAUCUGUACUCCAUCUGUAAUGAGCCUCUGAUCGAACUGGCGAACCCCGGUGCCAGCAGUUCCUGGUUCUACCUCACCAGCGAUGAUGAAUUCAUCAUUAAGACGGUGCAGCAUAAAGAGGCAGAGUUCCUGCAAAAGCUUCUUCCUGGUUACUAUAUGAACCUGAAUCAGAACCCAAGGACGUUGCUGCCAAAGUUCUACGGCCUUUACUGCAUCCAGUGCAGCGGCAUCACUGUCCGUGUGGUGGUGAUGAACAAUGUGCUGCCACGUGCCAUGAAGAUGCACUACAAGUAUGACCUGAAGGGUUCCUCAUACAAGCGUCGUGCCUCACGCAAAGAACGUGCCAAGCCCUCCCCCACGUUCAAGGACCUGGACUUUCAGGAGAUGCACGAUGGCCUGUACUUCGACUCAGACACCUACAAUGCCCUGAUGAAGACCCUGCAGAGGGACUGCCAGGUCCUGGAGAGCUUUAAGAUCAUGGACUACAGUCUCCUGCUUGGGAUUCACGUUUUGGACCGGAAACCGCUGACUAGAGGAAACCGUUGUGACAGCAGGAAAGGUCAAAAAGUCCUCUACUCCACUGCUCUAGAGUCCAUCCAAGGAAACGUGAAAGACCCUGAACCGGUGGCUGAUGACGACACAUUGGGUGGAAUUCCUGCCAAACAUAAAGACGAGAAUCUUCUCAUCUUCUUGGGACUCAUCGACAUCCUUCAGUCAUACAGGUUCAUCAAGAAGGUGGAACACUCCUGGAAAGCUCUUGUACAUGAUGGAGACACGGUGUCGGUUCACAGGCCUAGCUUUUACGCUGCCAGAUUUCUGAAAUUCAUGGGCUCAGUCGUAUUUAAGAAGAUUCAUCCUUUAAGAGGAGCAUCUUCAAGGAGGAAGAAGAGUUCCCUUUAUGCAGCAAAGUCAGCAUCUCAGGAGUUUCUGUCGCCUCAGAGGGAUGAGAGGAAGGAGGAGAAGAAGGCCCAAAGCAUGGACAACCUGGAUGGAAACUUUUACAGUUCUUCCAAGCAACCAGAUCUUCUGCCAAAAUCUGCUGUCUCUUUGGAGCCUCCCAGAAAUGAUGAAGAGGACUUCAACUACUGUGAUGACAGACGAGCCUCCACUUCGACAAUCGCUGUGGAUGAUCCUCUGUCGCCUCUCAGCAGGAGCCAAUCAGACUCUGAACUGGACGUCUACUUGAUACCAAAACCAGGAAAUCCAAAUAUGGUCAAAGCCCGAGUAGAACCGCUGAGAAAGGAGCAAGCAGCAACCACCACAUGAGAGUGGCUGAAAAUCCUGUCAGUUACACUUAUGUAACAUAUGUAGCUUAAUUUAACGGGCCUGGCCAAGAUAUGAUGGAUCCAACUGCCCCAUUGUGCCUCUGAUCGGCUGCCUUCGUUGGUUGCAUCGGGUAGGCAUGACUAUGAAUAAAAGUCUGAGUCAAGCACAGCAGCUGCUGUAUAAGCGUUUGUGUCUGUUUUUUCUUGCAGCAGCAAUACUGAUGCAGCACAUUGUGUGCUGUAGUUUCACACCAACCUCUGGCUGUUGAGGCAACCAACGAAGGCAACCAAUCAGAGGCAGAGUAGGGCAGGUCUUCCAAGAAAAACUGUGGUAUCCAUUAUAACGCUCUAGCAGUCAACAGCCACUUAUCUUAGAUGCUAAUCUGCUGGCUGAAACAUCAUAUUUAGCAAAUAGAAAUGAGAGUAGUAUAAACUUCCUCCAUUGAACUGCCAUCAAGAAAGCAAAUAAACGUACCAGUAUUUAAAUGUGCCACCUGCAGUAUUGGAGCCACAGUUUGGGGAAAAUAAAUCCUACAUUUUGAGAACAAAAUCAUAAUAUUUUGAGAAAAAAAGUAGAUAUCAGGCUACUCAAAAUUGUCUGUUGUAAUUCAUAUUAAUUUGUCAUGUGAUGAACUAAUCAGGCUUAAAUAUCUUAAAGUCUUAAAAGAGCCUGCCUCAGCCUCUUCCCUCAUUCUGACAUGUAAGCUGACAGACUGCUAUCACCUACUGCUUACUCUACAAUUCUCAAAUGGUUGGGUUAAUAAUGCUUAAAUUUCCCUUGGGAUCAAUAAAGUAUCUAUCUGUCUAUCUAUCUAUCUAUCUAGCAAAUAUUCUUGAAAAUUCCAGUUUUCUUCUUAAAAGUACAGCUGUAUUCUCAGCCCUUUCUAUGAUUUGUUUUUCUCAAAACAAAACCAAAAUAGUUGACCUUUGUGGUCAUAAUAAUUUGCUGUACGAGUGUAUCUGGUGUAUUUGGAAACGUCACAAUGAAUCCAGGGGUCACUGGGUGUCUC